CGGUGUACGCAGAAAAUCGCGAGCCUCGACCAAUGACGAAAACAGCGGAACGCUUGUGAUUGGUCAAGGCUCUCGUUCCGCGAUUUUCUGCGUACACCGUUCGCUCUAUGAGUUUGCACCCAUAGAUGUAAUAGCUCUAUGGCCUGUGCGCAUGCAGUGAAACUCACGUCACCCACGUGGCCUAUCGGUAGAACAUAUUGAAAUUGAAGAAUACAAUUAAACAGUGUCGUGUUACCUAAAUAAUUUAUUAUUCGCGGAUAUCAAAUGUGUUAUAUUACAAUAUAGUUGCUAACAUAUAUAACAAACUGCAUGCAAACAUGAAAUUCGCGUGUGUACGAUAUUUAGAUAAGAAAACAGAAAGUUUCUGCGUUCCAAUUCAUUUUAUAAAAAUGAAGAACAACAAAAAAUUGAUAUCCUUCCAUCCAAAAGGAAACUGUGAUUUUGACAAGAAUUAUAUAUAUUUUGUUAAGUGGCACUGCCCAAAAGAAUGCAACGACGAUCACGAACAUGAUGCGUAUUAUAGAGCUCAAAUUGCAUUUUUAUCUGGUAAGACAAUAUUAUAUACCCACAUAGAAAUGCAUGAUGAUCAUAUUUCAUCAUGUAAUGAUCUUCUUAUACCGAUUGACAGUUAUUGCAUUUAUCGUAAUCAUACUGUGAUGACGUACAUUAUGUGUAGUACAUGAAUAGAACUAUUAUGUACAUAUAAAGUGUGAUUCUAAUUAUAUCUAUGCUCAAUGAAGUAAUGAACACUACAGUAUUUUAUAGCUGAAACUAUGAUUUUAGAAAAUAAAGCUGACGUUCAAAAGCGGAUGGUGUCCGAAAGAUUACGAUACUGCUCACAAACAGCUGAUAUUACAAGUUCGGACUACGAGGAUGUUGAUUCGUCUUGUAAAAUACAAGGGUCAUGUCAUAGAAAGAAAGAUACAACGGACACCGCAAAAAGAAAUGUGGCUGUAACUAUCGCCGAGAAAGUUGUAGAAUCGUAUAAACAAAGUUGUUUCCUGAAUGAAAGACCAUACAUUACUGACAGCUGCACGAAUCAGCGUAACAUUCCUAAUGAUAUUCAACGUGAAGACGACAGAAACGAACGGGAUGCUGCAGAUUCUGAUGAUUGUGACGUUUCAAAUAUUUCUGGUAACGAAGAUAUUCGCCUGAGAAAAGUACAACACGUAAAAAGACGCUUAUUUACACAGAAUAAAUUGGUAUCCGAUUCUGAUAAUGGAACAUUGAAUUAUAAAAAUGACGCUAUUUUAAGAGAACCUAAACGUAUACAAAAGAGAAAAUUUGUUGAUUAUAACGAACAACGUAAGUGUUACGUUAUUCCUAUUGCAUACCCGGGAAAAAAAUUCUAUAUACCAUAUAAUCGUGUAUGA